AUGGCGGGGAACAGAGAUAACGCUUUGGAGGGGCAGCUGACUCAUGUGAUACAACACCAUAUGUCUCAGACAGACGCUUCAGUGAGCGUUCAUCAGGUGCAAAGUCCAUCAGGAAGUGGGAAACGUCACCAGAUUAUUAUCGAUAUAAAGCAAGACAUCGAUAUCGAUGAAAUGUCGACAAGGUCUUUAGCCGAGAGUGUUAUGGAGACUCUGGGAGCACGUUCUGCGGCUGUCUACAUAGAUAACUCUCAGAUAGCUGGCGAAAAUUCCGAUUUGGAAUCAUUGACAACUGUUAAUGUUAUCGUCGCGAAUGAUUUAAGUCAGACAGCCCCAAGUCCUCAGAUAGAAGAAGAGGUCCAGGAAGUGGCCGAAAGCUCGGGACUAUCUGGAAGGAUUACGGUGGAUAGAGUUGUGGAGAUGACGACAAGCGAAACAUCGACAUCGAGCACAGUUUCAAUUACAACAGCCACCACUACAGCUUCAGGUAACAAUUGUAAUUAA